AUGAGACCACGGAGCGGCACUACAACAGACCGAGCUCACACGACAGCGAUUCUUGCAGCCGUCACAGCCCAGGUGAAUUCAAAGAAGCCAGAUAUUACUACUACCUUGAGCAAGAUCCGUAGCCUUGCAGUCUUUGUUAAUGCAAGCCCUCAACAUCGAGAUACCUUCUACGCCCUGCAGACAACAGCAACAAAGAUUCUACCGAUCCAGGAUGUAAAGACGCGAUGGAACUCUACAUUCUUAAUGCUUCGGAGGACAAAGAGACUUCAGGCUAUCUUCAUACCUUUUUGUACUGAGUGGGAACGACCCGAUCUUCUGCUUAAUAAUGAAGAAUGGCGCCAGGUUGACUACCUUAUUUGGAUCACACACCCUUUCUAUGAAUUUACCACCGAGCUCUCUAAGACCAAGGAUGUGACUACUCAUCAUGUCUUCAAGAUUUACAACCUUCUCUUUAAGCAUCUUGAAAGUACAAUCAUACAGCUAAAAAGAAAGAGCAUUCCCUGGAAGAAAAACAUGCUCCAGGCGCUUGAGGCUGGUCAAGAAAAGCUUGACUAUUAUUACUCUAUGACAGAUGCUAUCCCUGGAGAUCUCUAUGCGGUUAGCACAAUGCUUGCUCCAGAUAAUAAGUUCAAGUUCUUCCAGACUAAGAACUGGGAUGAUGAGUUACGUGUAAGAUACAGAGAAAGCUUCAAGGAAUCCUUAAUAUCUUAUGUAGAGCGAUUUACAACUCAACAAGCCCCACCAAUCUUCCAACCAUCUCACAAGACUGGCUCGCACCUUGGACUUCUGCUUAAGAAAGGCAAGUAUCAGCCAGCUAAGCCUAAGGAUGAAUUUACUAAAUAUCUUGACUCUGCAAUUGCUGCUCUCGCGAGAGAUGCACUUUCAGUUUCUGUAACUGGUGCUGGUAUUAAAUGGCUAUUCAAUAUUGCCUGGGAUAUUUGUCACUAUCGCUGUGGCAAACUCCACGCGGUGACUAUUCAAGAGUUAAUAUUAUUCCUCUGUGCGUCAAGAUUUAAAAUAGAUCAGGAGCAGCAUUUCUUCAUCUCAGAUUUCCUAUCUCAGGAUGAAAUCGAAAGUGCAAAAGAGGAGGAGAUACCUGCUGAGUUUGAAUUGGAACUAAUUAGUGAUAAUGAAGAGCAACGCACUGAAGAAGAAAGAAGAGAGGAAGAUAGAGAUGAUUUUGAGGAUGAAGCUUCUCCUCAUCCAGUCAUAGAUGUUUCUCUCCCAGUUAUAGAAGAGAAAACCACUCAAGUGCGUCAAUCAGUUAGGUUGAGGAAGCGCCCUCGGGAGAAAGAUGAUCAGUAUAUAUAUCAUUAA